CUAGAUAACCCAGGAAAAAGUCCUCACUGUCCACAGUGAUAGACGUUCAGGUGAGAUAUCCAUAUCGCUGAUUACAGGUGACGCACUGAGUAAAGCCGACACCUCAUACAGUUACCAAACGGACAAUUUGUGCUCCAAGUCUGGUGAACUUUGAUUCCAUUUUGUUUACCUGUAUCUACCGAACUUGGUCGUUUGACUUCACUGCUUAAAUAAGGAAAGAGUAGUCCUAGCCGACCGGUAAUUCAGGGAGUUUGAGACGCCCACUAAACGUGUCCCGUAGUUUCUUCUGCCCGAAGAUGUGGAAAGUUUUGCUCGCCGCCUUGGUUCUUACGCUUGGAAAGGUCAAGGGAGACACCUUGUACCAAAUGAUACAGUCAAAGCCGGAACUGUCUCAGGCACUGACGUGGAUCGAUAUGGUUAAUACUCUGGUAAUGGCUCUGAACUCCACAGAAGAGACGAGGACAGUCCUGUUACCGGACAACGCUGCUGUGGACGUUUUCAACCAAACCUUUUCAAUGCUCCUUGAAGCUGACCCUCCGAAACUUCUUAAUAACGCAGCAGUGCCUGGAAAUAUGACUAUAGAAGCCCUGGCAGCGAUGAAGACUGUCCAAAUCUCCCCUACAGAGAAUACUACAGCCGUAUUGUGGUUCUCGCAACAAAUGGAAGAUUAUUUCGUGAACAAUGCUAAAGUGAAAAGUAGCAAUAUGAUGGCGUCGAACGGCUAUCUACACAUCCUGGACCAAGUGCUGUAUCCACCGAGUGAUUCGCAGACGCUUACCGAGGUGAUCAAUACGGUCAACCGCUACAGCGGCCUGAAAGAAUUACUCGCAAAGGUUACAACGUUCCCAUGGCAGGAAGGACAGAAUUACACUGUAUUUGUCCCCAGCAAUGAUGUCAUCACUGACGAAAUUAAGGCCAUGAACGAAACCCAACUGCUUCCGGUAUUACAGCAGCACGUUGCAACGGCGCCUCUGUUCACCAGGUGGUUAAAGAUGUCAUCUGAUCCCUUGAACACGCUCAACGCAGACGAUAAGAUUCAUGUCAGUUAUAUGGAUGAAACACUGUUUGUUGGCGUUAACGACCACUGGGCGAUCGUGGACCAGAUCGAUGUAAACAUGCCGACCACAAAUGGCGUCAUUCACAUUAUCAACGCUGUCAUUGGAGUAACGCCCGGCGUCAGCGUCUACCAACAGCUAAGUUUGUCGAACAUGUGGACAGAAACAAAGACGAAGCUAUUGGGCGUGGAGGCUAUUAAGACUGAGCUGAUGAAGGCCGAUCAGAACUUUACAUUAUUAGCCCCUUCUGCUGCAGCCUGGCAAAAAAUGAAGAAUGUGGAAGUGAAGGACGCAGAAAUGGUACUGAAGCGACACGUUCUGACCAUGAGCCUAACGCAUGCGCAACUGAUGGACAAGACUGAGGUGACAACCUUCGGCGGGGACAAACUUGAUGUAAAGAAAACAGACGGCAAAAUAAUGCUUGCGUACACCAAGGAUGACUCUACGGUAGAGGCCACGGUGGAUGAUAGCGGUACCAUGACAACUAACGGCUACAUCUACAAGAUCGACACCGUGCUGUACAUUAAAUCUGGGGCCUGGAGAAAUGGCGUCAGCUUUACCACAGCAGUUUUCUCCCUUGUAUGCGCUAUUGUGUUUAUUAUGAGAGAAUAAUUUUCUUUUCUGUUUUAGUCAAAUUUCGUAUUUGCGCUACGACCGAAAGGUGAGUAAGUGGUGAAAUACUGUAAAACUGUCUAACAACUGUAUUUUGUUUAUUUCAAAUAUUGUCAUAAAAUUUAAAGCUUUAGAAGAAUUAAAUGUUUAGAAUGAUUCAACAAAUGGUAAAGCUGGGAUCAGCUCAAAGUUUCCUAAGAAAGAUAGGAUCUCAAAUUCUCUCCAAAAAUAUCGGAGGCACAUUCUUUCUGGUGAGCGUUAAACGCGCCAGCUACUUAUAAUGAACCAUUUUUGGCGUAAAAACAAAAUUCUAAAAUAUAUUUUUUUUUUUCAUAUAUUUUUGAGGGUGGGGAGACGGGUUGUCGAGAAAAGACCCUUUAACAUUUUUACUGUGAAAAUGUUUUCACAAUGUGAACAUUUGUCUGCUAUAGUUAUUGUUUUGGAUUGUUUAAAAUAGGUUCGUUCGACAAUGCAAAUUUUGGGCUAAAACAGGCCAUGGAAGGAAUGGGGAGUUGGGGGAGGAGGGAAUAAAAAAAUUUUACACCAUGACGUAUAGUUAGUCGGAAAAAAAACUGUGGCAGUCUGGUCUUAACUCCUUUCUCUCAAGUAGAAAACCGAUACAGCUUUUCCGAAAUUCUAAACACAGACCUCUACAACGGGUAUUUUUUCUUACCACGACAGCUAUGAGCCAAUACCAGGAAAGUUGUUAUUUGAUGCAUACCGCGGUAUAUAACAUAGCUGACUAAAAUGACGAUGAUAACAUUUUUUUUAAUUAUAGUGUUAAAUUUAACAGAAACUCAUGUAAUUCAAGGCGCUGUGCAUUUAACAAAUUAUAUUUUUUUGGAGUUCCUCAACCCAGGCAAUAGUUUAACAAUUGUAAUAUUCUAAAUGUAUUGUAAACGUAAAAAAUCUGUACAUUAUUGACAGAAAAGUUGCCUUUAUUCUCCCCAGUCUUGCAGAGUCUAACGCCUGCUUAAAAUGUAUCAACACUGAGACGAUGAUAUCGUUAGCCAACUCUGGUUUGUUUACGAUUUCACGUUCUUAGAAAUCUUGUGAACAAAUAGCGCACGCACAUGAAUACAUGUACACGGGCACACGGACGAAGAGGAGCAAAUAAAGAUCCCCUCAGCAUUAUAGAAUAGACAUUAAAUGAAAACUCCAGAACAUGGAUUCAAGUGCCAUGCAAGUUUUGAACGAGUGUUUAUGUAGCUUAUUCUGACUAACCCUUGAUGAGUGAUUGUGCAUAGCCUUGUGCAUGGUACCACGGUUAUGUAACAAAUCCAACUGAAUCAGUCAUAAAUCCAGCCACACCCCAAUUUCGAGUUUUCCAUCGAUAGAAUGCCAUUGUUUGGAUUUAAUGACAGUCACGCUAUCCAGUUACAAUAUAUAAUAUAUUUAUGCUGAUCUUCUGUUUAAAAAGAGCUAAAAGUACUGAUAUAGUGUUAUGUUCCACUAAAAAUGAAUGCACAAUAUAUAAACUUGUUGUCAUGUUUUUGCAUGUCGUGUUUCCACUUCCUCCAUUUCCCUUUUCCCAGACCUUCUUGUCUGGACGAAGAUGCUACUUUUUAUCUUUCUAUGCAUAUAGCUGUGAUGUAAUUUAAAUUGUUAAAGGCAAAGAAAACACUAAAAAGAAGUUCAUGUCAGAUGAAAGACCGUAAAACACUGCCCGAGGAAAUAGUUUGAUUUAUUUUUUAGAUUUUUCUAACCGAGUGAAAUGGAUUUAAAACAUCAAAUUCUACUGUGGUCUGUAUUAAACCAGAAGGCAUCAGUAACGUCACAUCCUAAGCUUUUGGCUUGAAACAGCUGGUUUUAAGCUCUAUUCAGUAAAUGCAUUCAUAGAUCUAUAUGUAUAUGCAUUUUUAAUAAUGAAAUGUAGCAGUUCACGUACGUUACGUCGGAAAAAAACUGAUGUGACGUCGCUGGUCUUAGUAGUAUCAGAAUAGGCCACCUCACAACUCAAACUUUCAAAUGCGUUUUACUGCGUUGAAAAAUUGCAACAAAAAGAGAAAAAAAAAGAACUAUUUCUGUGGACAGUGUUUAUUGGUCUUUCAUCUCAAAUAUACUUAACCUUAGUGUUUUCUUCGAAUUUAACCACUGCUACUGUGCGGUAAUAUGAUAUAAUCCGUCUGUAUAUGGAUGCCGGUGGUCAUGAGUGCUAUUUUGCUUUUUAGUGCUAUCUAAUUUGGGUUUCUUGAAUUAGUGGUUUUAGUCUUUCAACGGAAAGUUGCAGAGCUUUGAUGUUGAAAAACAUUUUCUUAUGAAAGAUUUGAAUUUGAUAUUUUUGAUGUUUUCACGCUCUUAUUUUUAAAGGAGUCUCUGAGUGCUAUUUUUACAUGUCUUACUUCAAAGUAUAUUUAAUUAUGCAAGGAUUCGCUUUUUAAUUCGGUUUAAUAAGUCAGUAGGUUAUUGUUUUAGAUUAUCAUAAAUAUUGUUUAUUUUUCAAAAUUUUCAUUAUCAUAGGAAGUAGAUAAUAUAUAUUUUUAAAACCAGUUGUAUUUUACGUGCAUGCAUGUUCGUAAUUGCCUGUUACAUGUAUAACCUAUGUAUCAGUUGACUGUGAUUCAUUUGUGUCCAGAAGCAAUGCAUGGUAAACUUUCGACUGCCUUCACAAGUUAUAUGUAUUGCUCUCUGCGCAUGUCUUUCUGAGGCUUGCUUCAACAACCGCAUGUUUCGUUACACACGCAUGCGUAACUAUCAGGUGAUGCACGGUCAAACUAGUUAUGAAACAGGACUGUCUCUCUCACAUGUAUUAGAGUUUUACUUUCACUUUCAUCGUUUGUAAAGACACUGUUUUAUGAUUUACUGAAAAAAAUCAUCCGGUGGUUUUACUUUCACUUCUGUUUUUUUCUGUUUGUUAUUGUGUAGUUGUUGUUGAAAAUUUUUCCCACUGUUAUGGAAGGUAUAUUAGAAGUUUUAUUUUCCACUUUCAUCUUUCUGCCUUACUUAAUGAGUAUGCGUUGAAGAAAUGACCAAGUUCUCUGUUACUCAGUGUAUUACAACUUUAUUUUCACUUUUAUCUGUUUUUGAAAAAUUGGUCAAGUUAAUUAGUCUCCUGAUUUUCGGUGAUGUGUUGUUUUUCACUCAUCUUUGCAAUAGUUAAUAAGCAUUUUUUUCACUUCCAUCUGAUCGCAUAAGAUGAUGAGCGGUUAGUGAGCAUUUAUCAUGCUGCAUUUGCCACUGUGACGUUUUUUUGCAUUACAAGGGGCCAAAGUCCAGUGCACGUCCAGUAAUAAAUGUAAUUUGAUCAAUGGAAAUUGAUGCCUAUAAAUAACAGUCAAUUUAAUACAUAAUUAGUAUUAUGCACUCAUUUGUGACAUAAUAAAAUUCAUAACCAACAUUCCUAAUAGCAAGAUACGAGUCAUAUACGCGACACCCAUAUGUAAAGAUGAAGUCUUUGAUAUAAACGACUGAUACAUUUCCAGUGUAGGUGUCGUGUGACUCUUGCUGGGGUUUUAGCCCUGACGAGACUAGCCCUCUGUAUUGUAAUAAUACCGUUGAUGUCUUGUUAUGGCUGUACUUUAAAUGACGUAAAAAGUAAUAAAAUGUACGGUUCAUUCAUCAUUA